GUCAUUGGGCUGAAUGUACGGCAAAAACCUCGACUACGUUUCUUUCUCUCUCAAACGUGUGUGAGCGAGCAACCAUUGGAACUUGGAAAGAAAAUAGAGUUGAUAGCACCAAUUCCCAAACCUUACACUUCAACAACUGCAAUCUACAUUGGCACGCACCUAACCUAAGAUCGAAUCAGUCCGUGUCACUUCCACUCAACUCACCCACCAAUCUCCAUUUCCGUACCCAUUUUCCUACCGAUUUAUCCUCUAUCAAGUGAGCUUUUAUCUCUUCUCAUUUCUGCUUCCAAUUUUACUUGGAUUGGGGUGUUCGAUUCCACUCCUAACACGCAAUUAAAUUUCCGCUGCGAUUUUAUUUAUUUAUGUCAUAAUUUUAUAAUUUAUCGGUAACACUCGUUGUUUCGGACUGGUCAACUUUGUUAUUGAUGUGCAAAAUAGUAAUGAUCGGGUUGUUUUUUCAAUAUAAAAUAAUAUUGUUGAUUAGGGGAUGUUAUGUUGAUCUGAUUGGUUUAUUUGGAAUGCCAACUUUGUUAUCCAUUUAUCUAUUAUUGUAACAUGGUGGUGAUACUGCGUAUUCUUAUUGGUAUUUUUUUCUAAAAUUUCAGAAGUGUGUGAUAUGUCUGUGGUUUAGUUAACUUGAUGUGCUCUAGAUUGGAUUGUGUCGGUAAAUCUGUUUCUUUGUUAUUCAGACAGUAUCAGAUUGCCUGUCGACGUUAUUUUCAUCUGAAUUUUGAGUUUGGACUGAUUUAUUUCCUAGAAAUAGUCUCUCUGCUUGUGGGGAUAAGGCUCUGUGUUGUGAAUCAACCUUCACAUCCCCCGACACGUAGUAUGUAUGAGCCUUGUGCAUUGGGCCACCUUGUGUUGAUAGAUAACAGUCCUUUGUAUAAAAAAAAUGCAAAUUCUCGGUCGAGUGAUCAUAUGAGAAUAGUGUGUCUAUUUGGUUUAGGGGAGGGGAAGGGAACAGAGGGGCUCUCUUUGUUUAGUUUGUUAGGAGAGGAGAGGAAAAAAUGGAUUGGGAGAGACUCCUUACUUUCUCUUCCUUGCAUUAUCAAUUAUCAAAUACUAUGUUAGUGUUACAAAUAAAAGUUAUCCCCCAACCCCACCACACACACACAUUGAAAUUUGUAGUUAUGUUUACCAUAUACUUUGGACAGUUCUAAGUUGGAUUUUGAGUCUUGGUCUUCUUUUCUUAGGUUUGAUCUAAAUUCCUAGACACAAUUUGCUAGUUAGGUUACCAUGUUUGCGUCAACAUGAUCUGAUAAUAGUAUAAGGAUUAUGCCAUAUACUAAUACACUCUGUUGAUUAUUUACUUAUUUGAUAUAAGUGGCCUGUGCUUGGUUCAGACUUUGUGAGUGUAGUUCAACUCAUAGUAAGCAGCAUGGAGGAUAUUCUGUUGGAUACUAAUUGGGAAGAUGUAAUCUGCCCCAUAUGCUUGGAAUGUCCUCAUAAUAGUGUGCUCCUUCAAUGUUCGUCUUAUGAUAAGGGGUGCCGUCCUUUUUUAUGUGACACAAAUCAAUUGCACUCAAAUUGUUUGGAUCGUUUUAAAAACACAUGCACAAUGCCACCCUCUUCAAUCUAUGAUGCAACUUCCAUAGAAAAUAGUGAGCCAGUGGUAUCUGAUUGUCAAUACAAGCUGAGUUGUCCCUUGUGCAGAGGUGAUGUUUCUGGGUGGAUAGUUGUUGAUAUAGCUCGUGUGCAUCUUGACAAGAGGAAGCGUUGUUGUGAUGAGGAACUAUGUGAAUUUAUGGGAAGUUACUCUGAGCUACAAAAGCAUGCUCAACAGGAACACCCUCAUGCUCGUCCGUCAAAAAUUGAUCCUGCCCGACAGCUUGAUUGGGAAAAUUUUCAGCAGUCCUCUGAGAUCAUAGAUGUUUUGAGCACAAUUCAUUCAGAAAUUCCACGGGGGGUGGUUUUGGGAGAUUAUGUGAUUGAAUAUGGGGAUGAUGAUACUGGAGAUGAGUUUGAGGAUUUCCCUGGAGAUGAAGGUAACUGGUGGACAUCUUGUAUAUUGUAUCAUGCCUUCAAUAAUUUCAGAAGUUCCAGAAACCGAAGAAGAACAACAGUUGGUGAUACCAGCAGAGGUAGUCGCCGACUAAGUUUUGAUACUUCUAAUUCUGAUGAAGGUUCUGUAGCAUCUGUAGAGUAUGCCGAGUAUAGGCUAGAUGAGACCUAUGAUGACGAGUUUGUUGGUGCAAUUGGCUCCUCGAGGGGUAGCAGCGGUUUUCGCAGAUCGCGGAGACGUGGUUCUCGCUUCAAUGACAACUAGUGGUGGGGCACUGCCGCACUGGUAUGAUGGGCCUUUUGUUUCAUUCCCUUUAAUAUGCAUAUUAAAGGAAGCUGAAUGAGAGGAAGAGAUGAAUGCUGGUGUCACGACACUCAACUCAAAAGGCGUCAUUUUUUUAUCUAUAUUGCAUUUGCAAUGAGAUGAGCUGCUGGAUCAAUUCACAAAAUUGACAGUUAAAUAUGGUUCAUACUCAUAGUUCCCAUUAUGCUUUCCUUUAAAUCUCAUUUGAUUAUUAAAUAUAAAUGAAGAAAGUAUGCUAGCCAUUGGAAGCCUCUUAAUUUACUCGUGCGACCAACGUAAUUCGGCUAGCAUUCUGCUCUGCUUCAUUGUUGGACAAUGAAUGACUUCAUCUUCUUUCUCCUGUACAUAUAGUUAUAGUUAGUUGUGAUGGGUCAGAUUCACUAUUAAGGUGGGGAUAUUUCUAAAUCAAUUGAAAUUUUUUUUAGUUUUUUCGUCCCCUUCAUUCAUGGCCCGCCCA